AUGUCACUUUCACAACGCGUUGUCAUCAUUGGAGCCGGUAUCGUGGGUACCAACCUCGCCGACGAGCUGGUCUCUCGAGGAUGGAACAAUAUCACUGUUGUCGAGCAGGGCCCGUUGCACAUGCCGGGUGGAUCGACGUCACAUGCCCCCGGGCUCGUAUUCCAGACAGGCCCUUCCAAGACAAUGACACACCUCGCGCGAUACACAGUCGAGAAGCUUCUAUCGAUAGAGAAGGAUGGACACAAAUGCUUCAAUCAAGUGGGCGGUCUCGAAGUAGCAACCACCCCCGCACGACUGGAGGAUUUGAAGCGGAAACAUGGAUACGCCUCCUCAUGGGGCAUCGAUGCCCGGCUAGUCAGCGCUGAGGAGUGCUUCAAGAUGUAUCCUCAUCUGAACAAUGAGAUGGUGCUGGGCGGUCUGCACAUCCCCACUGAUGGCCUCGCACUAGCAGCCCGAGCAACACAGCUUCUCAUUGAACGGACAAGCGAGGCCGGUGUUCGUUAUCUGGGCCAUACUCCCGUGACGGGAAUUGAGCGGGAUGGCCGUCGUAUUACCGGAGUCAGUACUCCAAGUGGCAUUAUCCCAGCAGAUAUUGUUGUCUCUUGUGCUGGGUUCUGGGGUGUUGAAUUAGGAGCCAUGGUAGGCGUGGAUAUUCCUUUGCUCCCGCUAGCUCACCAGUAUGCAAAGACCACGACAGUCCCCGCUCUCGCUGGGAGAGAUAUUAACAGUUUGCCCAAUGGAAUGAAUGCCUCACUCCCAAUCCUUCGACACCAAGAUCAGCGCCUUUACUACCGUGAACAUGGCGACCAGUACGGCAUUGGAUACUACGGACAUCGUCCAAUGCCCGUUGUUGCAUCAUCACUGGGCCUCACACCCAAAGAUGUUGAUGAGCAGAACAUGCCCUCUCGCCUGGAAUUCACUGCCGAAGACUUCGACCCAGCUUGGAAAGAGACUCAGAAGCUCCUCCCCGCUCUUCAGGACACAGAAAUCGCGGACGGCUUCAACGGAAUAUUCUCCUUCACACCCGACGGCGGCCCACUGCUCGGCCAACCAUCCCACCUCGAUGGCUUCUACGUAGCCGAGGCCGUAUGGGUUACACACUCAGCAGGCAUCGCCCGAGCCCUCGCACAAAUCCUCACAACCGGCCGAUCCGAGGUCGACGUAUCUGAAUGCGAGCUAUCCCGCUUCGAAGAAGUCCAACUCAAUCGAGACUACGUAACCGAGACCGGAAAACAGAACUUUGUCGAAAUCUAUGACAUUAUUCACCCGCUCCAGCAGCGAUCCUCACCCAGAAAUUUGCGUGUUAGUCCAUUCAACGCCCGCCAGCGCGAGCUGGGUGCUGUGUUCUUCGAGACUGGAGGCUGGGAGCGGCCGUGGUGGUAUGAGGCAAACAAAGACCUUGUUAAGUCUCUCCCACCAUCAUGGAAACCUGUCGAUCGGGAUGCCUGGUCGGCACAGCUUCAUUCGCCUAUCUCGGCUGCUGAGGCAUGGAAGACGCGGAAUGCCGUUGCUAUGUUUGAUAUGACUGCUUUCCAUAGGUUUGAAGUGUCCGGUCCUGGGGCAGUCGGUCUGCUUCAGCGCUUGACUACGAGUGAUAUUACCACCAAGCCGGGGACCGUUACUUAUACACUUCUCCUGAAUGAUUAUGGAAACAUUCGGGGUGACAUCUUUGUACUACGACUUGAGGAUGAUGUGUUCCAGAUUGGAGCCAACACAGCAACCGAUCUGGCGUAUCUUACCAGAGAAGCUCGAGUUCAGGAAGAGAAGAUCCCCGGGCAAUGGAUUCAAGUCCGCGAUAUCACAGGGAGCACAUGCUGCAUCGGACUCUGGGGUCCUCGGGCCCGGGAUGUUAUCGCCGGAAUCAGCACCAUCGACAUUUCCAACAAGGGCCUCCCAUAUUUCAGCCUAAAGAAAGCAAUUCUCGCAGGUAUCCCAGUUACAAUGAUCCGGAAAUCCUACGUCGGUGAACUAGGCUGGGAAAUCCAAACCAGCGCGGAGAACGGCCAACGCCUAUGGGACACGAUUUAUCAAGCUGGAAAGCAGCACGGACUCAUUGCUGCAGGCCGAAGUGCAUUCAACUCCAUGCGCCUGGAGAAGGGAUACCGGACCUAUGGCGCGGAUAUGACGACAGAGCACAAUCCGUUCGAAGCUGGCGUUUCCUACGCCGUAGACGCAACGAAGAAAGACGACUUCGUCGGCAAAACUGCCCUCCAACGCCUUUCUAGCCAGGCACCUACGCGCCGACUUCGGGCUUUGACAGUUGAUGAUGGUCGCUCGAUGAUUCUUGGCAAGGAGCCUGUUUUCUACAAUGGCAAAGCGGUUGGCUAUGUAACCACCGCUGCAUUUGGGUACACGAUUGGCAAGCCAAUUGCCUACGCCUGGCUUCCUGGUGGUAUGAGCGAAGGCGAAUCGGUGGAGAUCGAGUAUUUCGGAAAGCGCAUCAGGGCAACUGUUCAGGCAGAGUCGCUUUAUGAUCCCCAGAUGAAUCGUCUCAACCAGGAUAGCUUGCCCUCGGUGGCUGGACCACAGACUUCCUUCAGGUCACGACUUUGA